GUGACAGCAAAGAUGGCGGCGCCCUUGGUGAGAGCGCUGAGGAGACAGGCGGCAGCUGGGAGAGCACUAAGUACAGCGGCUGCCCUCUGUAAACGAGUUGACCCCUUGGGCCCUCUCCCCAAUGAGCAAUUUGAGGGUAAGGACUUGGAGUCGCUUGAGAAAUAUCGCAGCUUCUCCCGGUAUUAUAGAGUUGCUGAUGCAGAAAUCAGGAAACCCCGCUGGUGGAAGACUUAUCAACAGUACCUGGAUGCUAAGGAAGAUAACAGGCAAGAGCUAGUAAACAUUGGGUUCCCUUAUCACACUCCUCACCACCCAACAACUGCGCAGGCACGAAAGAAGAUUCUGAAAGAAAACCAUAAGAAUGCAGACCUGGAGAGAGCCUCACGGACCCGCACAUUGAGCAUCCCCCUGGAUGAGGUUCGAACAGAGUGGGAGAAGACUAGUGGCCCAUACCAUGUGCAGCGUGUGGCUGAGCAUUAUGGCGUGUAUAAAGAUCUGUUUGGAGAGGCAACGUUUGUACCUUCUGUUUUCCUGAGAGUUUACUACAGCAAAGGAGAGGAUUUUGCAAUGCCAGUUUAUUAUGGGAACGUGGUGACUGCAUCUGAGGCAGCUGUACCUCCUGAAGUGACAUUUGAAGCUGAAGAAGGUUCCCUGUGGACUCUGUUGCUCACCAAUCCAGAUGGCCACUUGAGGGAUACAGAAUCGGAAUAUGUGCAUUGGCUAGUAGGGAAUAUCCCUGGAAACCAAGUUUAUUCUGGUGAGGAGAUCUGCCAUUACUUUCCCCCAUUCCCAGCUCAGGGCACUGGGUACCACAGACACAUCUUCCUUCUGUUUAAGCAGGAAAAGCACAUUGAUUACCAGGAUGAGCUCCGACCAAACCCCUGCCACAGCCUGAAGAUGAGAACAUUUAGAACGUUGGAUUUCUACAAGAAAUAUGAAGAUUAUCUUACUCCAGCCAGCCUGUCUUUCUUCCAGUGCAAGUGGGAGGACAGUGUUACAUCUGUGUACCAUAAUUUGUUGAACAUGAAGGAGCCCAUCUUUGACUAUGAGCGCCCUCCAGUCUAUCACCCUAAGCAAGUGAAAUAUCCACACAAGCAGCCCCUGAGAUAUUUCGAUCGGUAUCGGGAUACUGAGGAACCAAGAUAUGGAAUUUACUGAUCUGUUAAAAUUCAUCAGAUGUAGAUCGAAUGGAGAUGUGGGGUCUUACUGUGUAUUUAGGCCGUAUAUCGGACGUGGUGGCCCAGUUGUGGCUUAUCCACCCGCUACUUAUUUAGCUCAGCAAUAACUCUACACCUUCCAUUUAUAGAGAUUUGCUUAGAGUAUGGCACAUUAACUUGUGUGCGACAGUACAUUGUGGGAAUGUAUAUUCUAUCCAGUAUUAUGAUGCUCUCGGAAUGUGGUGCCAUCAUACUUUUGUACAUUAUAUUUUGAAAUAAAAUAAACAUUCUAAAACUCA